AUGAUAGCCGCGCUGCUUGGAUUGGUCGUUGCGCUGCAUGUAAUCGCCAGCUGCUCGAAAAAACGCACCAAGAAAAGUGAGAGCCGUCGCGUACACCCGGUGGUCGAAAUCAAGCCCCGCAAGUACAAGUUGACGCCAAGAGAGGAGAGCAUCUCCCAGAAACAUAUCGUCGUCUCCGAACAUGAAAAUAGAACAACGGAUGAUGCCGAUUUCAAUUGGGAGGAGGACCUCGAGGUGAUUAAAGAAAAAGAGCGUCGCAACGCCAAGAAACAGCGGAAGAGCCAGGCCAGCAGCGUGCGAGAAGCUCAAGAA